CAGUACUCUUUCAAAAUUCCCUCCCUCCCUCCUCCCACGUUAAAAGCAGAAUCCGUAAAACCAAUUUCACCAACAGAUGAGGGAAGAGGCGGCGUACGACGAGGUGCUGCGGAUGAUGGUGGAAGAGCAGGACGGCCGGUCAACUCCGAGGAGAGGAGAUUAUCGGAUACCUGCGGCGUCAGCGUGUCCUCCACCUCCGAAGAAGAAGCCGUUUUCGUUCGGGAAGAAGAGGGAGCCACCGAAGGAUGGAUAUUUCCAGCCACCUGAUCUGGAGCUGUUCUUCUCUAUGGCUUACCGAAAACAAGCUUGUUCAGUUAACUAAUUCCUUCCUUCCCAGCCCCGGAAUUAGAAUUCCUUAAGGUUUUUAAUUUGCUGAUUGACUCUAUUUGGGAGAAGGUCUCAACAAGAAUUAAUGUGUAUAUUUACAUUAAUUUUUUUGAUUUUUUUUUUGUGUGUAUAUUAGUAUGGAAGAAGCUCUGAUCGAUGUUAUAAAAUAUUACUAUUAAU